AAACAUUCCUCUAUAUGAUUUAACAUUAGUAGGCAAAACGAUAAUAAACGCAAGCUCCAUCUCUCCAUUUUAUCUCUUGACAUGAUCUGGAAUGCUUAAAGACCCUUCUCCAAUGGCUUCCCCUCCCACCCUCGGAUGUUGGUUCUUCCGCUUGGCUCUGCUCUGCUUGUUUAUUACAUGUUGCGAGUCAGACCAAGAUCCGGUGGACGUUGCUGCGAAAGCAUUAACAUGCUUCAAUGAUCACUACAUUUAUAGCAGCUGCGAAGAAUCGUGUAGACUAAGCGCGGCAGGGACCAUCGAUGUCCCUCUGGAGGCAACCGACCAGUACUGCGAGGGGCCAUGUCUGGUUGAGACGAAGCUUGUGCUCCAAUGCGUGGAUAGCAUACUGUACAAUUUCCAAUUUUACAAUGGAGCCACUGUUCAAGAUGUGAAAUAUGCUCUCAACACUGGAUGUGGUCAUACUAGCAAGAGAGGGGACUUCAAUGUUUUGGAACGCUUGGAAGGUGGUAAUGGUGAAUAUGGUUACUACGGCCACGGGAACAAGCUGGGCAUUCCUAUGCACUUGAUGGUACUCUUAAGCUGUGUUCUGCUUCUUUCGGGCUUCUGAUAUAUCACUCUGCUAGAAAGAGAGAACUUAUUCUAGUAUAAUUGAACUUAUUCUAGUAUAAUUGAACCUAUUCCAGUCUCUUAAAGCUGAUGUGUCGCAAAAGUAAAAGGAGGGAAAGAUCGUUGACAUAUGCAAACCCUUCUUUUGCAAA